CCCCGGCAGUCUCCUCCGCCUCUCUGGGCCGCAGUUUCCAUUUGUGAAAAUUAGGCUUUGGACGCGGCAGACUGCGGCUCAGUGCUAGGCCCCGGGCCUUAGGCACUCCUGUUGGAGGCAGGGAUGGGGUGUCGUGUCUUGAGCUUCGGGGGUGCGGAUGGGGAGUGAGUGGGGUAGCAAGGCCUCCUUCCUGGGGCUUCGGCUACAGGUUCCAGCACUGAAGCUGUUUAGAAACCAUACUGGGGGAGUGAAGACGCACCACCGGACAGCGAGGUCCUAACUCUCCCCCUGCGGGCCAGGGCUCCUGGGCGGGGGCGCGGUUUCCUCCCACACCCUCCCUCCCAUGGGGGCCACACCACACACAACCCAGCUACUCCUUACCCGGCCCCGGCUCCAGUCCUCAGGCCACAGGCCGAUAAGGGCUUAAGCCGGGCGGCCCAGGCUGGGGCGGCCUGAGGUGCUGGGGCGGUGCUGCUCCGUCCGGGACGCGGGCCACAGAGGCCUCGGGUGGAGGAGGCCGGAAAGGAGGACAGGCGGCGGGAAAGGGGGAUGAUUCAUCCCGAGGAGCUCGAAUUGGAAACGCUGCAACCUGGGAACAGCCUUGCCCAGGCCGACGGGAGAGCCGGAGGGGAGCUCUACCGGCAGGGCCCCGCGCCCAGCACCUGCAGCCCCGUGCGCCCUGCCGUGGCCACUGCCCGGCCGCUGGGGGAGGAGAGGCCUCGUCUACGCGGAGUUUAAAGCAAUCCCGGGCAAAGUCUGCCGCUGGUCUUGAUCGGAACGGUCUUCCUGGAGUCUAGCUCAAGUCUCUCCUGCUGCAGCUUCAGUGCAGACUGAGGAGGUCUGAAAGGAGGGGGCGGGCAGGAAGAGGCUGGAGUCAGUGACACCCCCUCCUUCCUACGCUGCGGUAUGUAAAGCGCAGUAGGGGGGAGGUGGGGCCCGCGAGCGACCCCAGCGGACCCGGGCGGUCUGAGCGCCCCCUCCCUCCUUUACGGUGCACCCACGUGCGGGGGUGAGGUCGAUCCCGGGCGGGACUUACCCUGGAGACGCCACUGCCGGGGGGGCCGCACACCUCCUGAGGCCCGGGGCCGGCGGGCUGGCGAAGAGGGCUCUGGAGGCCGGAGCCCCGCAGCCGAGGAUGCGCCAGAGCGCCUAGACGACGGCGAGAUGACGGCUGGGAGCCCUGGAGACUGCGGGGAGGUGCGCAGGAGCCCCGAGGGCCGCGUCUCUCGCCUGGGCCGCCGCCUGGGCCGCCGCCGGCGCCCGCGCUCCCCGCCUGAACCUCUGCGGGUGCGGGCACGGCUGCGGCUGCGCUCGCCGUCGGGGGCGUUCGCGGCGCUGGGGGCGCUCGUGGUACUGGUGGGCAUGGGCAUCGCCGUGGCCGGCUACUGGCCGCACCGCGCCGGCGCCCCAGGGCCGCGCGCUGCCAAUGCCAGCGCGCCCCUCCUGAGCGAGCUGCGACGCGAGGGUCGCGGCGCCGGCCGGGCCCACGGCCCGCACGAGCGGCUGCGGCUCCUCGGGCCGGUGGUCAUGGGCGUCGGCCUGUUCGUGUUCAUCUGCGCCAACACGCUACUCUACGAGAACCGCGACUUGGAGACGCGACGGCUUCGCCAGGGGGUGCUGCGGGCCCAGGCGCUCCGCCCUCCUGACGGCGCCGGCUGGGACUGCGCCCUCCUCCCCAGCCCCGGACCCAGGACUCCCCGAGCCAUAGGCCGCGCAGAGCCAGAAAGUUGGGACCUGUCCCCGCGUCGGGGCACCUCACCCGUCCCGUCAGUGCGGAGUCUGCGUUCAGAGCCUGCUAAUCCUCGCUUGGGGUUACCUGCCCUGCUCAACAGUUACCCUCUGAAGGGCCCAGGGCUGCCCCCACCCUGGGGUCCACGGACCCAGACUGGCCAUGUGAUUAUCACCGUGCAGCCCUCUGGUUCCUGCAUCGAACAUUCCAAGUCUCUGGAUCUGGGCCUUGGGGAGCUCCUACUUGGGGCCCCGGCAGCUCGAGACUGCGCUCACCGGAGCUGGCCACGGCUGGACCGCCUCAGUCUGGGGGGUUAUGCCAAGUUGGGAGGAGGAGGGGACUUGGGAGCCCGGGUUUGAGGAGCAGGGGACAGCCUUCUAGGCGGCUGCAGCAUGGACAUUGGUAACAGGACCAGAAGUCCCAAUAUCUAGUAGAAGCAUCAGUCACAUCCCAGACUGGAGGUGGAUGCUCUGGCCCCAUCAGCUGCUAAGGCAUCCUGACUUGCAUGUCGGCAGACAAAUGCCAACUGCACAGGGUUCAAUAAGCUGGAGACAAUGAGCUUUAAUGUGGAGUCUGCAGACCAGCAUGACUCGGCCUUGGGAUCUCUUUUAAGCCUCCAAAAGUGGCCUUACUUAGCCUCGGACAGGUACCUGAGGGGGCUGGAGGUCCAGGUCAGGGUGACUGGGAGAAACCUGGUGUCUUGGCAAACCCCAAGUGGUGAGCAAGGACCCUUAAGACUCAGAAGGUAGGUUGGGAUGCUACAGGCUGGGAUGGGCUCCCUCCAAGGUGGUGCCAGUUGCAGGGUCGGGGAAGACGGGCAAUGGGGUAGAGCAGAGACCCUCCACUGCCAUCUGGGAUGGGGCCUGAGGCUUUAUCUCCCACCACCUCAGCCCCUGUCUCCCCUCAGCCAUGCGGGGUACACCCCACUAGGGCUACACUACUGCCAAAGUCUUCCUACCGAGGGUCUGGCCCCUCCCUAAACAGGUCUGAGAAGCCCCCUUCUCUCCUCUAUCAUGGCCUGUGCUGCAAAAUCUCCCUCCAGCAGGCAAAAAGCAUUUGUCAGAUCUCCUUUUAUACAACGUUGAAGCCACAUUUUGGCCAAUGUUGGGUAGCUUACUUUAGAAAAUGGCUUGAAUUUGGGUCUCCCUUACCCAUGUUUAAUUUUUCCCAGAUUGCUGGUAGGAAAAGAGAACUUUAAAAGUUGAUCAAUUCUCACAGAUUCAGUCUUUUUUUUUUUUGUAAGUUUAUUGAAAAAUGCAAUACAAGAAGCAAGACCAAACACAAAUCUAAGCACUACACCACUUCUCUUACUACAAAAGGCCAAAACAGCAGACCUAAUUAUUGCCUUUUUACUCUAGCGAUUUUGCCAAUUUGAUUCUGCUGCCAUAGUUCCUAUUUGUCAAGAAAUGUAAACAACUACUUGAUAUGAUUCAUAAUUUUAAAAAAAUUUACAAAGCUCCUUCAUUUUUGUCACCAAAAUAAUACAUUUGAGAGAGAUCUGUAAAAACAGCCAGCCGAGGGCUGAGAUCCUGGGCGGGUAUUUCCACGAGCAGUGGGCAUUCUGUGGUGUUGGUCAGGCCAUAGCUCUGGCUCCACUUCCCAGGGCAGAUGGUUGUCCCCUCCCCCCCUCCACCGCCCUGCAGAACAUGCGAUGGGGAGGCCUGGGCCGGAGGGCAAAGAGGCCCUGGAAGGUCCCUGUGGCCAGGUUCUUCGGGCCCUCGGCUUGGAAAUUUAGGUCCUGCUUGGUGGGUGGGUGGGUGGUGGGUGGGUGACAGAGACCUCAUGUGGCUUGGAGGAAGUCUUUACUUCUCAAGUGAAAUAAAAAUAAAACUGCAGCGAGAAUUGUUACUGUGGUGUGUCUGAGUCACUUUAGGGAAAUUGCUGCCAAGUCUCUGACCCUGGAAAUGAAACUCUCCCCUCCCCUCUUCACCAUUUCCACCUGGACAGAAUCUGUUUUUCUUCACACACACACACACACACACACACACACACACACACACACACACACACACAACUGCAGGAAGAAAUAAAAUCCAAACAACUGUCGAACCCUCAGAUCUGUUACCGGAGAGGCAGGAUAGGGAGAGCGGCUUGGAAGGACACCUUCUGCCUAGCUUGUCCAAAUCGUGGCUUCUCAGUGCUGGAAGGGCAUUUGAGAUCUUCUGGUCCAAUUUAUAGUUAAGGAAGCGGGAGGAGCAGCACUGUGAGCGGGUGACAGAGCAGAGGGGAAGCGUGGGCCCCUGUCAUAGGUCCUGUGCGGUGAAAGCUGCCGCAUCAGUGCAGGCAGUGGAGAACCUGGCAUGCCAGGCCGCUGAUGCUCACCCUGUGCCCUCUUCCUUACCCCGACCCUCUUCAUUCCACAGCUGGCAGCCUGGGAAGCUGGCAGCUCUUUCAACAGGACAGCUGGCCGCGGGCAAGGGAGUUCACGUUACACGCCUUCUGAUGUGAGCUGGAUUCCUAACCUCACCACCACUCCUGGCGACGCAGCCUGGGCAUGGGUACCACCAAGAGAGCCCCAUCGUUUCAGACCCUGUGCCCACGGGCUGGAAGUCUGCUCCUGAGACAGGGCAGUCCUGUCUCCGCAGGCCUGUCAUAUACCCUACCUGAGCUCUUCAUCCCUCUCCAGAGAGAGCUGCUUCCCGGCUAGUAAUAUUCUCACAUAAGUACUAAAGGAAAAUGCACACGUCUGCAAUCAGUUCAAACCAACUGCAUUUGUCUAAAACCAGACUCGGCCAGAAGAGGCCUUGGACACAGGUGGCUGCCUCCCACAGUGGGGAGCAGGGGUUUUCGACGUCUCUCACUGCUCCGGAGCCCCCCGAGACUGCUGACUGUGAUCCGCUGUCUAUCUCAUGAGGUUCACUUCUGUCCCAGAAUAAGAUUCCAAGAACUUCCGGGCAGAUGUGUUUGUGGGAGCAAGCUGGAAGAUUCGAGAAGUGCUAUUGAAUAAAAAUGCCCCCAGACCUACCAGGAAUGGUGGAACUGGGCACAUCAGUCAGUCCCAUUUUCAAAACCAAACGAACAGCAACAACAACAAAAAAGUAAAAGUAAAAUAAA